CGCUGUGGUUUUCAGAAUCUCGGAGUUCAAUGAGAUUGAGUCAGACUGUGUCUUUGGGUUAAUAUGAGUUUGGGGGUCAAUCGGCGGGUUUGGGUAUGAUUGUUUGGGCAUCGCCUGGAUUUUGGAAACGCGGCGAGGUUUGGGGUGGUUCUAAGUUCAGGUUUUGGGUGGGUCGCUCUCACCGGCAGGUUUCAAUCGGUCGAGCUCGGCUAAUUGUGUUGCUUCGGGGAGAGAACGGAUCCAGGGGAGGAGUCGGGAGCUGGGAAGACUGAGUCGGGAGCUGGUGCUUUGACCGAGCUGGGAUUGGCUGCCGCGCACUCCGCGUCUGUCGGAAUGGCUCCGUGGACCGGCCGGCUGCUCGCAACCUUGCUGCUCGUAAAUCAACUGAAUCUGCUCUCUGCUUGCAACGAAGCCUAUUACUCCUAUCUUCUUAAACACAUUUGCUUGGAGGCUUACAGAUUUCAGAUGACAGAUGUUGGAAAAAAACUCUGGUGUGACUGGGAAGAAACACUAAGUUCCUAUAGAGAUAUUACAAACUGCACAUUUUUGAUUGCUAACAAGAUGGAUUGUUUUUGGCCGAAUCAGAUGGUGGACCAGUUCUUCAUUACCAUUCACAAAGAAUACUUUGUAAACUGUUCCAUCUCUGGGAGAGCCUUGGGGGAUCCUCCAAACAACAUAGUAGGACCUUUCAUUAUGAUCCCGGUGAUGAUUACUCUGCUUAUGACAGCACUUGUCGUGUGGAGGAGCAAGCGGAAUGAAGGCAUUGUAUAAAAAACUAUUUUAUCAUCCCUUCUACUGGUUAGAGAACAUGUGAAAUUCAACCAUUUGACAAGAUGAUGUUGCUCUGUUUGACUUUGCAUUGAAGAGAGUGAAAAGCAAGGGACUGAACUGCAGCAUCUGAAAUGGAAUCAUUGAACUGUCAUAUGGUACAUAAACAAAAAAUAAUGUCUGGACACAUCAGGAAUUGCUACAUUUGUCAAGGUGGAAUACUUGGGCAUAGUGAAAUUAGAACAGUCUGCACUGGGUUAUUAAGCAUGUAACUAGUGAAUAAAAUUUUAACAAAUUUUAUAGCAAUUGGGUUGGGUAACCAUGCUGCCUUAACUCAUGCCUGAGAAAUUGUUAAUGACUGAACUCCAUACAAAAAAACACUUCAGGUACUCAAGUUGUGUGUGGAUACCUGUACCAUUUUCUUGAUAUGCUCAACACUCAUUGAUCCACUUGUGUAUUUUUUGAUGUCUUGUUGACAAUGAUCCUUUUUGAAGGAGAAUGAAUUGGCCAGUUAUUGGAGAGAACAUAAACCAAUCACUAGUGAAUGUUCAAAUCACACCAUGAGGCAGAAUAUGUCAAGAAAAAAAAAACACAGAACUUUUAACUUUUUGUUUUAAUCUGGAAGAUUUCUCAGUAAUUUGAUUGUUAGAAAUGUGCUGAGCUAGACAAAAUAGGUACAUCUGAAUCACUA